AUGCUUGAUGGUACUCUAUAUCAAUUGCAAAUGGUCAACAUUUGUGGAACUUAUUUUCACAAGGAUGAUGCGCCAAAUGCCACUGCUGUUGUUGUUGAAUCUGAAGAUGAUGAGAUGGCUACUGUUGAUACUCUUGUUGGAGGGACUUCAUCUGGUGCCCAUACUAAAGCCCACUCCUCCCUUGAAGACAUGGUCUCUAACAUGAACCAACACAUGUAG